UUGGAGAAAUUUGACGACAAGAAAACACAGAUAACCGAGGUGACCAUUUGGAGCUGCGAGACAUGAUCGGUGGAGUCUGUGGUGCAGUUGCGUCGAAGCAGACAUGCUUUUAACCAUCCGAUCGAUACUGUAGUCCGGCUUGGCAUGGUCACGGCCAGCCAUCCGAGCUGAUCCAACGAAGCAAAUCGAAACCUGGUACUUUAUGCGUGGCGACCCGCCUGCCAAACCCCCAUCCAUGUUAACCUUAAACACUCCAACGUUUGACCAAACCCAUGUCAUCCAGCGACCUCCUCCGUUAGAUCGCAUGUCUCCGAAACCAAUCUCCAUCCCAGCCAGGGCUGAAAUGCUGCCUUAUGAUGACGGUAAAUCAACGCGUGUGACCCUGGCAAAAUUCUGGAUCAAUAUAGCCGUGCGAGAUGGUCUGUGUUGGCCAAAACCUGCCAACUCCCCGGCUCAAGGGGAUCUUGCUCAGGUUCCAGGAAAUGUGACUGUUGCUUGCGUUGGUACCCAAUCAGGUCAACACUUUCCCGAGAUAAUGUCUGCUUUCCUCCGUCAGCUCGCUUCACUCCAAGAGAUAAGGUCUCCAGAGUGAAUGCCAGUGAUUUGUCCUAGGAAAACUCGUCACGUCGCAAAGAUUGAUCGAACGAGAGCAACACCGGUGCAUUUCUAUGACUACACCUGUGCUGUACUCUGAAAGGCUUCUCAGCCCGUACUCCAUCCUCUGAACGCCGUAAGUGUGUGCGGAAAAGCCUGUGUGCUUUACCAUAUCCCAUGGUCAAUCAGCUGACAAAGGGAAAAGAAUAAGAGAUGUGGUGAGAGGUAAAAUCGGGUCGCUUUGGGGGUACACAAGCGAUGCAACGAAUGACAUUCGGGUCAUGCUCGACGUGUUGUCAAUAAGCCUCUUCUCGCCUGGGUGAACCCUUUGCCAGGAUUCGGUACGGCAACUGGCCGUUUUGAAGGUC